CUUAAACCUUGCGCAGUUCACCUUGUCCAUAAAUCACAGCGUCUGGGCUCGAUUCGCUCCGAAAUUCGGUGAAGGUAGCCAAUGGAGUCUGAAGCAGAAGCUCUUGAGGAGAAGUUGACGUCUCUGCUCAGUCAGCUCCGAGCUGAGUGUGCCAUUCUUGAAAGAGUGGUCCACAAGAACAAGAACCAGCAUAGACGUUCCUCCUACUUCCAGUACCUAAUGAAGGUAAGGAGGGAUUUGAAACUUUUACAAUCAACUAAGUUGGAGGAGAUUUUGGGCUGCUGUUUCCAAAGUAUCACCGGGAAGAGACCGAAGCAAAAAGUGCAUCUAUUAGAAAGUUUGAAAAGAAGAAAAUGUGAAAGCGGAAAAUAUAAUUUUAUGGAGAGACUUCUGGGAGCUGCACGUCUUCUAUCACAGAUGGUUGAACCAAUGUUGAAGGCAGCUAUUCAGAUAUCUACAUUGCUGGCUCAAACUUUUUUCAUGGGAUUCUCGUUGACUAUCUUAGCUUUGCUAGCUCGACUUCGAGUUUUGGUUCAACAGAUUUUGCUUGAUGUAGUUUCAGUAUUCAACAUGGUUUCUUCUCUCUCCGAAAAGAAGCAAUCGGUAAAAAUCAAUCAUGAAGGAAUUGAGGUCUUUAGGGAGUUUUACCCUACACAAGAGGAAUUCAUCACUCUGGAGUGCGUGUGGAAUUCUGACAAAUUUGAAUUGCUUGAGAGGACGCAUAAGAGCCAGAUUGCAUGUCCUGGUGGGGAUCUUUCUUUGGGGACACCAUCUGUAAUUUAUCAAAGUGUUGAGUCUUCCCUUGGAGAUGACGAAAAUAUGUCUGAAGGGGCAGAUGCAAGCCAUACUGUUGAGCAUGAUCACGUUCAGGUCAUGGAGAACAAGAUUGAUCUAUUGUCUGGUCCAUCCGAUGGUGAUGAUGUAAAGCAGGUUGAACCUUGUGGGGAGGGUUCAAAUAUGGAAGACAUUCCAAGCAAAGGACUUCCCCAAGAAGUUUAUCUGCCACAAAUCCCUUGUUCUCAGGCAUCAAAACUGAAGUCUGGACCAGUUAAAGUUGCAUUUGUACAAGUUAAAAAACCCAUACCAUCAUCGGCAAACACAACAGGAAUCCCUUCUAGAGAAACUGACAAGAUUAGCCUAAAUGAGGAAGAACCAUUGUUCAGCUUGCUUUCUAGUUCCAAUGUGAAAAAUAGUCUCUUCUAAAUUGCUUUGUUCUAGCUUAAUGUGAAUCCUCAAGCUUUUUUUUUUUUUUCAAUGCUGCAGUGUAGCAUGAUCAUGUCUAUCUCAAAUUAUAUCUAAAUUUCUCCCUAUACCAGUGAUUC